AUGCCGGACAAUGGCCUGCACGUCAGCGGUGGCGGCGGCGGUAUCGGUUCAUGGAGCAUACGUGCACAGUGGAUGCUGUUUGCCGUUGCCAGCGGAGCGUGUGCUGCAUUCAACGGGGUCUUUGCCAAGUUAAGUCUCAGGACGACAACGACCCUCACGACAAAUAUAUCCAAGGGUAUAGCCGGUUUCGUCGGUCUCUCCUCCAUGGAGGGUGCAGUCGAGGUCUUCUUUCGAGCUCUAUACGAUCAGACCUUUUUCGCCUUGAACCUGGCAUUCAACGCCGUUAUGUGGUCACUUUUCACCACGGCCCUGGCAAAGGGCACCUCGACGACCCAAGUCUCCAUAAUGAACACGUCGGCCAACUUUAUCCUGACAGCCUUCCUCGGGUCCAUCAUCUUCUCCGAGUCUCUCCCGGGAAUGUGGUGGGCCGGGGCGGCCCUGCUCGUCAUCGGCAACGUCAUCAUCGGACGCAAGGAUGAGUCUUCUCCCAGCUUGGACGAGGCAGAGGGCGGCAGCAGUGUCCCGGCAGGGAGCCGUGGCGACGGGUACGCACCCGUUGCCACCGCGGCGGACGAAGACGUAGUUGAUCUAGGUGACUUGACAGAGGACAGGAGGUAG